AUGAGUAAAAAUAAAGACAUAGUAUGUACAUACAAUGAUACUGUACUUUACAGAUGUCUUGCAAGUGUAGGGAUUUAUCCAGUGGAUAGUCGAGAUGAAAAGCAUCGACAGCGAUUUCUGCCCUGGAAGCCGGAACACCAUUAUCAUGCCGAUUUGACCAAGUCAUUCCUCAUGGAUCCCAUUGAACACUGGGGACCGUCAAUAUUCCACGAAAAUUUGAUCAGUAUGCAUCACCUUCAGCCGGAAGAGCUGCGUCUCAUCGACGGAUUACUGUAUGGAGUAGCAGCCGGUAUCUGGAAUCGAACGCAGCCGUUGGUGGAAAACACCCUGGAGCCGCCACCACCUUCCUAG